UCUACUUGCUUCUUUACCUGAUUAUUAUUCUCCUGUCCUCCUUUCUCUUUCUGUCUCUCCGCGCAUUGUUCAUCUUUAUUUCCUUUUUGUUUUUAUGGUCUGUGUUUUGUAUUCUGUGAGGCUGAGAGAAAAUCGGUUCAGAAGUUUAUAACAAAGUUCACCAACGCUUUAAUCUCUUUUCUUUUUGUCUCUUUUCUUACAGAUCUCUUUUUAACACAUUAUUCUUUCUCUCUUCUUUCUUUCCUCAGCUCUUAUUGUUUUCUCAAUUAUCAGCUUCUUUACCACUUUCUUCUCUUUUUUUUUACCCUCCAUCAAUGUAUUUUUGUAUUUGGUUCUUGUCUCUUCAUUCUUCUUUCUCUCUCUCUCUCUCUUUGUUCCUCCCACCAUCCCUGUCACUCGCUCAUUGUCUUUGUCUUCUCGUGUUUUUUGCUUUUCUUUUUUUCGCUCACCUUUUUAAAAUUUCCCCACAUUUCUCAUUCUUUUCUCACAUCUUAUUGUCCUCUGGCUGUUGGAACGUUGUUGGGAUGUGUUUUUCACUCCUUCUCCGUGUUCUUUCCUCUCUGUUUCCACGAGCAGGUGGAGGACGAGAGGAAUAAAAAGGACGGAGAGACGCAGUGGAGGAAAAGAGACGAGUUGCAGCAUGAAGGGAUCAUGGAGGUGAAUGAUCGACGGCUGCACUCAUCCCUCAGAGAGCGGAUGGAACGAGGGAGAGGAGGAGAGAGAGCAGAGGAGGAAGAGGACGGAGGGAUGGAGAGACUCGGGAGGAAGGUGUACAGCUCGAGCGACACACUGAAGGCCUUUGAGAAUCAUCACGUGGUGGAUAUAAACUCGGGAGAGAUGCUGAGCAAACACACGGCAGCUCAGUCUUUGUCGCUGCAUCAGUUGGGGAUUUGCUCUGCAGCUCCUCGCCGCGGUCUGAGCUUUUGUGCUGAAACCGGGCUGGACCAUCGCGUCCAGAACGCGGGGGGAGUCUCCAUCUCUCCGGACUGUGCCAUUCAUCUGUGGGACAGGGGGGUUAAAGCGCAUGGACGUGAAUCUAGAAUGUCCAGUCAGUCCAACUCGGCUCUGACGCUCACGGACACGGAGAACGGCGGGAAAGCGGAACACGACGGCGGUGAGUGAGGCGGAACCAUUAUACGAGUGUUGCUAUGGUUACACCUUGAGCGGUGUUUUCUCACCAUGACAACAAGCAUAAAUAACGUUUCUUCAAACUUUAUAUUAAAAUGAAUAUUUUGGAUUACGCAGGAGAUAUGUACUAUGGGUGAAUGAAUAUAGUGUGCGGUAAUUUAAACGCAACAAAACUGUUAUUUAACUCUUGUUGUCAUGGUUACAGUCAAUAUGUACACUAGGAGUAUUGCUAGGCAACCGGGAAAUAUGGACGGCUAGCGUAAUGUAGCUAAUGACUAGCUAGCACGUACAUCAGUGUUUGUCUCAGAUGUGUUGGGUUUUACUAAAAAAGGACACUUUCUGGUAGAACCCGGUUAAAGGUUAAAGGUUAAAGGUUAAAGGUUAAAGGUGUCGCCUCUCAGCCAAUCAGAAACGAGCAUUUUUCCAGAUCAUGGUAUAAAUCUAAAUCAAAUACUCAACGCAGGCCAUGUGGUUAUUGUGCAUGAGAACGUUUAAACCUCAGACGAGGACAAACUCUUCGUUUUACAUAAUUUAUUUUACAUUUUGUUGAAA